AUGAGUUCUUUGCAGAUUACGGAAGAAGGAGGCGGUGUCGUGACUGCUAUAUCUGCAAACAACCUGCCCAGCAAUGCAGCUGCUUCACCUGCCCUGCCUUCCGAACACGCCAAAAUAGUUGAGGAAUUCCUCUUUUUAUUGGAGAAAUCGCAACAAUUGUUUGCUGGUCUACGAGAUUUACCCCCAACUGGUCGUAAUUGGCAGCCAUAUUUCCAACGAACGUUUGAAGUAUACACCAAGUUGUGGAAGUAUCAGCAACAACACCGGCAAGUAUCCUCACUUCGAGAUUCAUCUAUACUCGAAAACAGAGAUGCUUAUGGUCUAAAGAGAUGGGAGAUCGGUGAAGUUGCUUCCAAGAUUGGUCAAUUGUACUAUCACUACUAUUUGAGAACCAGUGAAACAAACUAUCUACAUGAAUCUUAUGUCUUUUAUGAUGCUAUACGAGAACGACAAUACUUUAAGGAUGUCGUAGAAGCCAAAAACCCAGGAUUGAGUAUCAAGAAGCUACGAUACUAUGCCCGAUUCAUUGUAGUCUGUCUUUUACUCAACCGCAACGAAAUCAUCAAGAAAUUGCUGGACGAAUUGUCAAAUUUGGUGGAAGAAUAUAUCUCAACCUUCAAUCCUGCUGAUGCUUCGGAAUGGAAUGUCGUCUUAUCUGAAAUCACUACCUUCCUCGAAGCCGAGAAAAAGCUGACACCUUUGGAUUUGGAUGGCAACUUGUUGACUGUACCAUCCCGUCUUCACGUGGAUCGAACUCCAAAGAUUGAUAGAGAUGCUCCUAAAUUAAAAUUGAGUGAAGUGAUACUUGUUGGCAACUAUCAGAAUCAAAUUAAAUUCUCAGAAUUGACUCUAGACAUGUAUCGAAUGUUGCAAGCUCUGGAACGAGAACCCUUGGCUGGAUCAAGUACCAACACUACAUCCAUGUCGAUGGGUACAACAGCAGGAUCAACGGAUCAAGCACCCAAAGAUGAUGGUGCUGCUGGUGAAGAUGCAGGUGCCAGUGAAAAGGCUGCUUCUGUAAGAAGGAGCAAUCCACACAAGUAUUUGUUGUAUCGACCUACGUUUGCUCAAUUGAUGCUCUAUGUGUCGACUUGUUUCAAGGAUAUCAGUGAUAGUUCUGCACUGUUGCUGUAUGUUUCAGCUGAUGGGAUGAAACGAAAGGUGGAUGACAAGGAGACUACAUACAAAGGUGGUGUGGCAACCGCAGUUACCGUUGGUCGAAAACCAAACGACAAGGCAGAACCUGAAGCGGCUAGCACUCUCAUCAACUGUUUACAUCCAGAAGAUUUGACACCGUUUACACGUAAAGCACUGUUUGUUGUAGUGGAUAGUAACAAUAGCGCGGCAUUUAAGAAUAUGCCCAAGUUAUUUGGGCAACCGUUGGUCUGUCUGAUGUCACCUACUGAAUAUCCUGCUACCAUUAAAGAUACGACACAGAUUGGAAGCCUGUUUACGCUCUUCUUACAUUGUCCUGUCAAGGCCUUUGCAUUUGUAUCAGAUGCUACUCAAGUAUCUGCGGAUACUUGGACACGAUGUGUUGCACAGAUGGCCGCUGUAGAAAGGACGGUUGAGGAUCUGUUUGAGGCUCAAAUUGAAUCCAUCGACAAAGCAUUCAGGCGAUUCUACCUAGAUGACUUUUUGAGGCAGUUCAUGGUUCGCUUUGUAGUAUGUCAUGUCAUCUUGUCCAUGCACACUGCCUUCAAGGAUCCAAAUAAUUUGCCUGUGUCUCAUCCAACAUUCCCUUCAUCGCUGUUGACUGCUCCUGAACUCAUUUCUAAAGUCAAGGAACUGACAGCCAUGGCUCGUGUUGAUCAAUUCUAUAGUACAGCACCUGAAGGGUCUUGA